AUGCCCAUCCCUACCGAGCCCGUUGGAUCCCUGCCGCGGCCCAAGUACCUGCAGGACAUGUUCGCUGCGUAUGACGCGGGCACGGCGACGCGCGAGCAGCUGCUGGAGGCGCAGGACAAGGCGGCGGCCGACUCUGUGCAGCGUUCCGAGGAGACGGGGGCCGAGUUUGUGACGGACGGCGAGCAGCGGGCGUCCUCGUUUGCGACCUACCCCAUCAUCGACACGCUGGGCGGCAAGGGCCUGUCGGACAAGUUCGCGGCGGAUGGCCAGUUCUUCGCCAUCUUCGACGACGGGCACAGCAGGCAGCUGCCGCGGCUCGUCAAGGGCCCGCUGCAGUACACGACGUAUGCGGCCGACUACUACAAGAAGAGCAAGCCGCUGGCGACCAAGGCCAGCCUGAAGCAGGCGGUGAUUGCGCCCAGCAUGCUCUACCUGCUGUACCCGCUGCAAGGCGAGAUCGAGGGCUACCCGCGGGCGCAGUUCGUCGACGACCUGGUCAACGAGUGCGAGAAGGACAUCCGGCAGUGCUUCGAGGCCGGGGCGGCGCGCGUCAGCAUCGACUUCACCGAGGGCCGGCUGGCGACCAAGCGCGACCCGCGCAACCCGUGGACCGGCGCCAACCUGCUGCAGACCUUCAUCGACCUGAACAACCGCGUGCUCGCCCGCUUCACCCCGGCCCAGCGCGCCAACAUCGGCGUGCACACCUGCCCCGGCGGCGACUGCGACAGCGUCCACAGCAAGGACGUCGACUACCACGAGCUCUUGCCCAGCAUGUUCCAGAUCAACGCCGGCUACUUCCUCAUCCAGUGCGCCAGCGAGCCCGACAAGGACAAGGUCUACCGCGAGAUCGGCCAGUGCAUCCGCCGCGACGCCGACGGCGUCGCCUUCAUCGGCGUCAUCGACCCGCUGAACCCCAAGGUCGAGACCCCCGAAGAGGUCGCCGACCAGCUCGUCAACGCCGCCAAGCACAUCGCCGUCGACCAGCUCGGCGCCACCGACGACUGCGGCUUCAGCCCCUUCAGCAUCGACGUGAAGCCCAAGCACGGCUCGCCCGACUUCGCCCGGGACGUUGCCUUCCAGAAGAUCGCCAGCCGCGUCAAGGGCGUCAAGCUUGCGAGCGAGAAGCUGGGCGUGUGA